ACAGUCUACUUCAGAAACUCUGACAGUGAGAAAGUAAAGUGUAUUUAACAAGCUAGAUAGUUAGCUAAUGGAUAGUGUCGGGUCAACAUAGGGGGCCAGGACCUGAAGACACUGAGCCACUUAAGGGAGCGAGAUAGGCAGACGACAAAAUCGUACCACAAGAUUUUUCCAGGCAUGAAUGUAGGGAAGAUAUUGUAACAUUUACAAUGCUUCAACCCUUGUGAACAUUUUUUAGACUUUUUUUUUUAGGGGGUACAAGUAUUUGGGGGUUUUUCUACAGUACCGUAGGGGGGCUGACGAGGGCACACUACAAGCGUCCUUGUCUGACAUUAAACCCGAGCAGAAGAAGAAGGCAGGCACACUACACAACAACAACAUGUGGAAUGGCAGCAGACAGUGCGGAUGCUGCAACAGGUUCACUGCGACUUCUGGAAAAAAAUAAACCACGCCAUGACUGGUGCAUGUGUGAAUUUUGUAUUUCACAUGGAGCAUCAGGGACAUGUUAUAGACAACCAAAAGCCAAGAGGAACACAUCGGCAGCUACACAACAUACUGGCCGGCGUCCAGGUAAAGACAAGUCGACUGAGUAUCUUCCAGUGAUGUAUGCUCAAAUACCCAUGGAGAGAACAAGUCCAAGCACAGAUCCAAGUCAGUCAGCUCACUCUCCAGCAUCUGUCUCACCCACCUCUGGAAUCAGUGGGGUGGAGCACCAGGGGUACAGACUGAGCCUGCUGCCCUGUCAGGGUGAGCCAGUUGUGGACAGGACUCACCCUUACGUGUCCUCUUUCCUGAGCCCUUAUGACGCUGUGCCCAUUGGCCAAUCCCAGCUGACUGCUGCCAACAUGGGUGCCGAUGCCUCUCAGACCAUAAAUCAAACCAUGCAACAAGUAAGUGCUUCAGAUCAUCCAUGUGACGUGGUUCAGCAGCAAAUUGAGCAGAUCCACAAGGUUCUACAGGAACAGGGUCGACUGCUGACUCUUCUAGGAACAGGUUUGACAUUUCCUGCCUACGCUUUUUCUCUGUGGCGUGCCUCACCUCCCGUGCUGACAGUGAUAAACUCUGAGCAGCUCCCAGUUUUCGCAGCGCCAUCUCCUCCAUCAGAUGGAAGGAGGCCCGAGGAUCAUCCACAUGUCCCCACAUGUCCCGGCCACGGGGGUCAGAACAUGUUGAAGAGAAACUCACUGAAACCAGAAAUGGAACAUGAUGAUCCAGAUCAAACAAAAAUGAGACAAACAUCAUGGGGAUUUCACAGAGAAAACUUGGAGAGAAGCUGCAAAGGAGGUGACGUCCUCGGUGACAGAAAAGAGGGUGAGGCCAUGAGGAGUCAGCACAGCCUGGACAAACUGGACACCAGUGAAGUUGAGGCCCUCAGGCAGCAGAUGGAGGCCCUUCAGCAGCAGUUUAAACAGAGAGAGAGUGACUGGUCUGUAGUUCGACACCAGCUUCAGGAGCUCAUCAGAGAAAACUGUGAGCUGAGGAGGAAGCUCACAGCUGCACCGCAGUGCCCUCUGCUGGCCAGACGAUGCACUGCAGCAGCGCACACACUGCACCAGGAGGAACAAACAGAGAUGGAGCGACUUCUGUCCAACAGAUGCAACCUGAUGACUUUCACUAACAGGACGAAGAAAGACAUUUCUGCAGAGCAGAAAACAAAAACAGUGGCAUUUGUCAAUGGAGACGUCAAACACAUUUUGGAAGAUGGGAAAGUGGUGAGCUCUGUGGUUCCCUUUGUUUCCUUAAAGUGUAUUACUACGCCGGUUCACAGACAACACAUACCAUCUACCCAAGUGGUCUGGAGAUCCUUCACUUCCCCAACAAGCAGAUUGAGAGGCGACACCCUGGGGGGAAAAGAGAGAUCUUAUUUCCAGACCAGACCAUCAUGUACUUGGAGCCUGACGGCAGCGAGAGGACGAUCUUCAGCGAUGGCACCGUCGUUCACCUUUCCCCAUCCGGUGAGAAGGUGGUUGAUUUCCCCAACGGUCAAACAGAGCUCCACACUCGUCAGUAUAAGAGGAGAGAGUAUCCUGAUGGGACAGUUAGGACCGUCUACGCCAACGGACGACAGGAAACCAAGUAUGCAUCUGGCAGAGUUCACAUCAGGGAAAAAUGAAUGUAUGUGUUCGUAUGUGCAGGUAGAGUGUGCUGUGUGCGUGAGGGAGGAAAUAUUUUUCAAUAAUGUAUUUAAUAGGGAUCUGUAAAACCCACAGACAUAAUCAUGGUUCAACAAUCAAGUGUAGUUUGUCUCACAGUAAUAUUUCUCUUGAUCAAGAUCACGUACCAGCACGUGUCAUUAAUGUUAAUGAGUUAUCUGAUAAACUCAGUGAUGAUGUAGCACAGUUAAGCCUCUGCUAGCUGAACCUGAGUGCUCCUGUCCAACAAGACACUGACUUUUACUGAUAAUUGUCACUGUGACAG